AUGGGCAAACGUAUCAUCGUCACUGGCGGCUCAGGCAAAGCUGGCCAACAUAUAAUCGCAUACCUCCUCGAUCAAGGCCAUGACAUCUUGAACUUGGACCUAGUUCCUCUGCCUCCAAACCUAGGCGACCGCGUCCACACAAUGCGCGUCGAUUUAACAGACGCAGGCCAGGUUUAUAGCGCAUUUGGCUCCCACUUCCACUUAACAGAGCCAUUCCGCGAACCACUAGGCCUUAUCCCCGACGCCGUGAUCCAUUUGGCCUCAUACGCACGCAACAUGCUAGUUCCCGACACAGAAACCUUCCGCUGUAACACAACAGCCCAAUACAACGUUAUCGAAGCAGCCUCAAGACUAAACAUCAAAAAGAUCAUCCUAGCCAGCUCGGUAUCUGUCUAUGGAAUCGCGUACGGCGAGGGCGAUCUCGAGUAUCCGUCUUUCCCCGUCGAUGAAGAUGUCGACGCAAACCCGAUGGAUACGUAUGCCAUCUCGAAAAUGUGCGGGGAGCGCAUCGCGCGUGGCUUUGCGCGUAGGUAUGGGUCAGAUAUUUACGUCUUGCGGAUUGGGAGAAUUGUGGCACCCGAGGAGUAUAAGGAAGAGAUGUUUGAUUCUUAUGUUAAGAAGCCCGAGGAAUGGGCUGUGCAUGGGUGGUCGUAUACUGAUACGAGGGAUUUGGGACAGAUUUGUGAGCUUGCGGUGCUCAAGGCAGGUCUUGGGUUCCAGGUUUUCAAUGCGGUGAAUGAUGAGAUUACGAACUAUGAGCCUUCUACGACGGAGUUUUUGAAGCGCGUUGCGCCGAAUACGCCGUUUACUAGGGAGAUGGGGGCAAGGGAUGCUCCUAUCCCUAAUCGGAAGAUCAAGGAGUUGUUGGGCUUUAAGCAGCAGCAUCCUUGGCAGAAGUACUACGAGUGUUAG